UAUAUAGGAUUGGGUUUUCCAUAAAAGUUUGCAUAGCCCGUUAAAAGGUGACUUAAACAGCAGUGAUUUAAAGGGAUAUCAGGAAUACAAUUCAGCUCAAAAUGAAUGUGCACAAAGCAACUGGUUUUAUCAUUGUAACUUGUAUUUUCGUAGUGUUUGUAACUGGAGUUACGGACAGAUUUGUGUUUAAAUUAAAUUCCGACAUUCGUGAAAUGGAGGAACAUCUCCGAGUCUUUAAUUUUAUAGACAUGUUAAAGGUAACUCCGGAUGUGUUCAGUUUUAAGUAUGCGGGAUCACUCAGUAAAGCAAAAAUAAAACACGUAUUGUCAGAAGUAAAAAGGGUUUAUGGUAAUAAGAUAAUCGAGAUUGAACAGGCCAAAGAAUUUAUAAAAUGGAUUCCAAUGGAUAGUACAGAUGUAAUGUCAGUUUCUGCAGGACAUGAAAGCGGUCUCAACGCACAGCUUCGGACCCAGGAAAGUGAGAGCUAUUUUGGAAUGAACGUUGAAGCUGCUUGGUUGCAUGGAUACAAUGGCACGGGUAUUUAUGUCGCUGUAACUGAUGUUGGUAUAAAUGCGGAUAUAACAGACCUGAGAAAAACCCUGGAUGUGAAGAAGGCAUUUAACUUCAUCAACAAAACAACUAAUGUGACGCCAGAAUACUUCCAUAACUAUCGGACGGAUUCCUUGCGUUAUGUCGAUCAUGGAAAUAGGGUAACAAGUAUAAUUGGAGCCGAGAAAGGAAAUGGUUUAUGUAGUGCCGGUAUUGCUAAUGGGGCAAAAGUUGUUUCUUUGAGGAUAUUUUCGGUGACGCAUGAGUACCAUUUAUUCAAGUUAAACACUACUUCCGAUGUCAUGGCCGCUGGCCUAGCGUAUCGUCUAGAGGACAUUCAUAUCUACUCAAACAUUUGGUCUCCAUCUAAAUCAUUGGAACCUCUAGAUAUGGUUACAAGAGAAGCUAUUCUACAUGGAGCGACAAAAGGCCGACACAAUCUUGGAGCAAUUUAUGUUGUGCCGGAUGGGUCGGAUGGUGUAUCUGGCAGUGGUCUUGCAAACAGUUUGUAUACUAUUGCUGUUAACAGUGUUGGUGUAAACGGUACCCUGCCGACGAAGCCCCAAGUGAGCGCAUGCGUUUUAACUUCUGGCCUUGGAGAAGGAAGCAAACUCCACACAAAUUACAUGUUGACAUCAUCUUCCAACAAUACAUGCAGUAGAUCAUUUAAAGGAGUUUCAGCAGCGGUUGCAGAAGUAUCUGCUAUAAUUGCUCUUGUUUUACAAGCAAGGUAUCAGCUUCUACUACAAGAUCUAACAGUAAGAGACAUUCAACAUUUACUUGUGGAGUCAUCGGACCGGCGACGACUUACAGUAGCACACUCAUUUCAACGAAAUGGCGCUGGAAAAUUUUUUAAUCCUUUCUUGGGAUUCGGGUUAAUUGAUGCCGAGAAGAUGGUGACAUUUUCAAAAACAUGGCAUCUCGUUAAAACCGUCUACAAUAACACGCUACGCUACGCAGGCAAAAUUUCUAUGCGUUUGAGGAAGCCCACAUUUCCGCACACAGUCCUAAUGAUGUCCAUAAUAGAAUUCAACAUAGAAGAGGAUAGAUGCAAUCCACACGUUAAUACGAUAGAACAUGUGGUUUUACGUAUUAAACAUGAGGUUAUCAGCCAAACAGACGCGCGCCUGGAAAUAGUAUCUCCAUGUGAUACAGCUUCUGUCGUGGUAGAUAAUACAGUUGUAACUAAUUUGAAUGAGGAAACUUCACUCAGAGAGCUGACUUCUGUACAUUUUUGGGGUGAAUCGCCUUUUGGACUUUGGAAAGUUAAGAUACAAUUAGGACACGAAAUGGCUGCAGAUCUUGUUGCAUCGACAUCCUUAAUCGUGUAUGGAACAUUUAACGAAACUAAACAAAAACAAAAAUGUGCACGUCCAUCAGAUGAACCAGACUUGAGUAUCAAUACAAAGCAAAGCAAGACCAUCCAGACAAAUAGAUACACUUCAAAGUCAACCGAGUCAACCGGAAAUAAAUACAAGAAACAGUCAACAAAAGGUGGUGCAACAACUCAAAGCAUAUCACACAAUACAUGCAUUCACCCUGUUGUGUUUGUAGCAUUGUUAUUCUAUUUCAGUUUUAUAUAGCACACUAUGCACGUGAUAUAUGCGUUCAAAUGUACUGUAGCAGCCACCCAUGGCGCCAAAGUCCUCUUUUCAAUGUAUAGAUACAGAAAGAGAUCUGACCAGAAGGAGAGAGCGAGGGAAUGCUCAAAGAAAGUGAGAGAAAAUUAUUUUAGAUAUAAGCAUCUUGUGCUAAAUUAGCAAAGUUCUUUGCGAAUAGAAAACCUGUUUUCUAAACGUGCCGUUUGUAUAGCACCGAUGCACACAAAACAGUAUUUCCUGGGACGAACAGUUGAUAAACUUUUAGUUGGUUGGGAGAUACGCAAGAACAUCUCAGAUUGCCAGUGUCUAAAUCGGAAUCUAAGCCCUAAACCUUAGGAUUGAUAGGCAAGCGUGUUACGACUACACCACCUGGUUGACUCACUAAGGAUUUACAUGUUUUCCGUCCUUCGGCUAUUGUUAAUGCGUUUUUAUCACAUGUUAUUAAAUAGAGUAUUUUGAGCUAUUUUGAACGUCAGACAUUAGUAAAUGAGAUAUAUUCUCAAAGAUACAGGGGUUGGACAUGAAAUAGAAAAAACAAAAACGGAUUCCUAUCAACUAUUAUAGAUAAGGGAGACAUUAACAGUGUUUUCCCUGGUCUGGAAAAACAUAAUAAACAAAAUAAAUAUUUUAGAUUAAGAUUAGUGUGUAGUCGUAAUUAUGUAAGAACUAAAACACUGCCAUUUCAAUGACUGUAGACCUCAACGAUUGGGUCCCAUCAGUGUUUAUCCUUAGUUGAUAAACGCUUAUUUGUGAAUUUUAGGGUCGAUACUUCUGCUGGAAAAUAGAGCAAACUGAAUGUUAGAGGUUUAUUAUCACAUACAUCAUGUUUAUGCAUUGAAGGUAGUCGAAUUCUAUGAAUGAGAUUCGUAUUUUGUGAAUUGGUAAGGGGAUUCUUAUAAGUUCUGUUAGAAUUUUAAUGUGUUUCAAACCGCAACCAGUAAAAGGAAGAAGUUGUCCAACACUUAGAAAUUUCAGAGUCGUAUAAUACACUUGGUAUACUGCGUAUGCCACAAUAUAUGAUUUUUUCCACAUUUCAUUAUGAAUACAAGACAUUAUGGCGUGUUGUUCGGUAGACAGAAUAACUUCCGGGUUUGUGGAGCUAGAAUCAUCUUUAUUUUAGUUUUGAUACAAGUUGCAAAGAAAUUUAAAGAAGCUGAAUUGGCGGUUAAAUACAUAACAGCCAAAGUGCUACUUAACCUAAGAAGUUGCCUAACUUUAAUGGCUUUUCAGUAGCCAUUACUUUAAAACAUUGUUGUAGUAUUAUGUUUAAUAAUUACUUUUGUUUUUUGUAAAUAUUUGAGUUUCAGUACAGUUUAAUGUUCAUAAACGCUUAUUAAUGUAUUCAGUUAAUUGCCUAAUUAGCUGAUUUUUGUUGUCUAAAGGUCAGGUUAAAAAAUUUUCCAUACAUUAUAGAAUAAUUUUUGUUACUCUUGAUAUCAAAACGCUUUUUAUUGGUGAUGCAUUUGUAAAGUUUAUGAAUAUGUAAGUGUAAAUAUUGAUCUAUACAAUUCGUUUUUAUGCAGUAUUGCCUUGCAAAAUAGAACAUUUAUAAUAAUUUAUAUGUAAUUAUUCAAUCAAAACAUGUAAAUCUUUUGUAUAACGAUGUUUCUCAUUACAGAGCUCGUGCAGCCGUUCUGCGCAUGCCCGGAAUUAUUAUCAAUAGGUGCGCACGGCAAAAUUACGCAAUGUUUUGCAUAUCCGCACGCAUUUAGUGUAUAAUAUGCAUAAUAUACUGACUAAAGGUUAGGGUUAGUAUCACCAUGGUUACAAAGUAUAUACAUUUAAGAUAUUUUUCUUUCAAAUUUAGUUAAUCCGGUAUAUACCGGAGCCUGUAAUAUAUCACGGGCGCACCAGCUCUGUUUUUAGUCACAGCCAAAUAAUACAAAUAUGAGUUUACAAGUUUUAGUCUCCCUUUAUAUGAAUAAUGUAACGUGAAAGUUAUUACUGUUAUAUGUUAUAGACAUGUUUUUCACUAGAAACUUACUGUUAUAGAUAUUCGGUUUACUGUCAGUGAAGAAAAUUAUAUAUUUUACAUGCUCAGUACAAAUGUAAACCAAUAAGAUAAUUUUAGAAGCAUGUAUAAUAAAGUGAAUAUUUUGGUAAAUAUAUUGUUACAUAUUAUACUAUAUAAUAAUAUGUUUAGCAGAUCAAAUGUAAAAUAAAUGAUUGUUUGAUACUAUGUUAAUACUUUCUGCAUCUGGCAUUGAAGGGUGUUUAUUGGUACUGACCUCUGUUCGUACAACGUUCCAUAUUUUGUCAUGUUUUGACACGCAAAUGUUUCAUUUUCUGCAAAAUGGUUGUGAUUUUAAAUACAUAUUCAUUGGAUUAUUACUGGACUGUCUACAGAAAUUUAUGUGUUUGUUUUAUUUUCUAUUCUCAGUAUUGCUCUAUCCUUUAUAUACACGUAAUUUAGUAUUUGUAAGAUCUUCUACAUUGCUUUGUUUAUCAGUCUGAGUUUUUUCAUUUUCUAAUAAUUGCAUUUUUAUCAGUCUGAAUGUUCUCAUUUUCUACUAAUUGUAGCCCGCUUAGCUCAGUAGAGAGAGCGUUUGUCUAGAGAUCGCGGGGUCGCGAGUUCGAUCUCCGGACGGGGCGUAUGUUCUCCGUGACGAUUGGAUAAAAGACAUUGUGUCUGAUAUCAUUCGUCUACCACCUCUGAUAAUUCAUGUGGGGAAGUUGGCAGUUACUUGCGGAGAACAGGCUUGAACAGGCUUUAUUCCAUGAACAGGCUCAAUCAAACCGAGCCUGCAACAUUUUCGUUUUUGUCGUGUUGAGCGACCUGUGAAGUUUCCACUUUUCUCUAUUUUUGUACUAGUACAGAAUCCAGGAACUCUGUUUAGGUUAACUGCCCGCCGUUACAUGACUGAAAUACUGUUGGAAAACGGCGUUAAACCCAAAACAAACAAACAAACAAACAAACUGAUUGUAUUUUCCUUCAUUUUCGUCGACUAUUUUUACCUCUUUAGCUUUGAGUUUUAUCAUUUUACGUAUUACUUAUUCAUUAUAUCUUCUAUGUAAAUAUACCUUACGCGUGCCAGUUAGCUGCCACUCACUAUCUCUGUAUUAUAUCGACAUGUGGGUAGUUUAAACCAUAAAAAAAAUAACGGAAAUAAAGAUAUUCACCCAUUUUUCAUUUGACGAUUUGAAAUAAUAACAAAAGUAAUUUGAUAGAAAGCUCAUUGGGUGAAACAUUUUUAUUCUAUUCUAUAUCACCGAUUAUAUGAUUACUAUAUCAUUAUAAUUAUUCCCUUAAAUGAAAUGCGAAAACUCACGGCUGUCAGUAUUUUCACAUCGUCUUUUUCAUAAUGAUCAUUCUUUGUAUAAGAGUUUUGCUACUUAGAUGGUAGAUUCACUUUUUGCUUUUAUACGACAUUUGCAUGUUUUUGGUAGCUUGUUCCUGUAGAAAUAAUACAUAUUUCACAUUUA